AGGAACAAAGUGCCCUCCCUGUCCUUCCCUGCGCGUAACGCGUAACGCAGCAGGAGAUAAGUGCGUCACUUUAGGUAUCGUUGUUAUCACGACUUAAAGUCAAUCGCAUGUGCGGCAGUUUCUUGAAAUGUUGGGUGGUCCCAAACCCAAGUGAUGUGUGGGCGUGUGUACAUAGCGGAGAUGAAUGAGGACACCUUUGAGAUCCCUGAGGGGGCAGAGUACCGCUACCUGGUGCAGGAGGAGGAGGAGGUGGAUGUGCAGUACGUCCGGCGGAGGAACUACGUCAGCCCCCUGCUGGUGCUCUCGAAGGGAUGCAUCAGCCUCAUCGGCCUGGCCGUGCUCUCCAUGCUCGGCCUGGCCGCGUACCUGGCCUAUUUGUCCCAGACGCUGCCCCGCAACCUGGCCCGGGUCACCACCGAUGUCGGGGUUUUCGAGGGGAGACACGAGGACGGGGCCUACUCCUUCAGGGGCAUGAGCUACGCCUCCCCCCCGACGGGCCGGCUGCGCUGGGCCCCCCCGGCCAGGCCGACCAGGUGUACCGGGGUGGGGGACGCCAGCCGCCUCCGCGGCGUCUGCCCCCAGCGGGACCGGGCCGGCCAGAGGGUGGGCAGCGAGAGCUGCCUGUUCCUCAACGUGUGGACCCCCUCGCUGGAGCCGGACGCCGCUCUGCCCGUGGUGGUCUGGAUCCACGGGGGGUACCUGACCUCGCUCAGCGGGGGGGAGCCCGGGUACGCGCCCUCAGCCCGGCUGGCAGCUGAGACGGGGGUGGUCUACGUCAGCUUCAACUACCGGCUGGGUGCCCUGGGGUUCCUGGCCCUGGAGGUUCUGAGGGAGGGCAGCCCCACCAACACCUCAGGGAACUAUGGCUUCAUGGACCAGAUCGCGGCCCUCCAAUGGGUUCAGAGGAACAUCCACGCCUUCGGAGGCGACCCAGGGAGCGUGACCAUAUUUGGACACAGCUCUGGGGGCACCUCGGUGUGGACUCUGCUGAAGUCGCCCCUGGCUAAGGGUCUGUUCAGCGCCGCAGUGGUCAUGAGCGGCUCCACGGUCCAAAACGCGUCGCUGGCGAAGGCUGAGGCAGACAACCUGGUGUUCCUGCGGAAGACGGACUGCACCGACCUGGCCUGCCUCCGACGUCUGUCCGUCACACAGAUCGUACAGGCCAGCCCGUGGGAGGAGUACCCGUCCUGGGCUGGAGACGGUAUGAUGGACCUGCCCACCAAAGGGAAGUUCUACGGCCCCCUGGUGGUCGUGGACGGACACGUCCUCCCUGACGCCCUAGCGGAGGGUGGAGGAGGAUUUUACAACGACGUGCCGAUCGUGGUGGGCACGACGGAGCAGGAGGCGGACUUUAGCCCUUCUUCUGCAAACAUCUCUCUCUGGACUUGGGAUGACUACCAGUGGUUUGUUACCGACAAACUGAAACCCUUCGGUGAGGACCUUCCCAAGGACGCUCUGGACCUUUACCCCAGCUCAGCACCCUGUCCCACCCUGGACCGCUGUCCUGAGCGGGCCUACACCACCAUGGUGUCGGACAUGAGGGUGACCUGCCCCAGCAACGAGGAGGCCUCCAGGGCAGCAGCGGCCCUGAGCAGUCCUGUGUAUCGCUACGUGGUGACGCACACACCGUCCAGCGCGGUGAACCCCUCGGGCCAGGACCUGGUGCCCUACAAAAGCCGCUUCUCCUUCCACAUGCUGGACGCCCUGGCCUUCUUCGACGGCCUGGGGGCCCUCCUGGAGAAGCCCCUCUCCCCAAAUGACACGGAGUUCCAGCUCCUCUUCAGACACCACCUCGUCCACUUUGCCAGAACUAGGAAGAUGGUGGACGAGUGGCCAGAGUUCCCAUCAGCCACUGCUCUCCUGUCCAACCGGCUGAAGGUGGUCCAGAGCUACUCUGAUGAGCGCUGUCGCCUGUGGCAGGACAAUGGCUUCGAGGCCUACGCCUGGGUCAACUGA